GAUUUCAAGGAAGUAGGAAAUCAACAAUACACUUUAGGUUUUUAUUUAAAAUCUACUUCAAACUAUAAUACAAAUUCAAUUAGCCACUGAUUUAAUCUUGCAUAAAACAUCACUAGCGGAUAAAUCCUUCAAGGAUAUUGCCUUUUCUUUGCCUUGUUCUAGAAAACAGAAAAUCAGUUUUUGGCCUCAAAAUAAUGACAGAAUCUUUACCAAAUCUGGCCCACAGCUUCGGCUCUACUCCGGAACACUCCCGAAUCAAAAUAGGGAACUUAGGGUUACUCGAUUUCAGCUCUACAUAGUGUUUUUCAAUGAAUUCUCUAGAAAAAUUAUGUAAUCUUUGAAAGGGGUUUAUUUGAGGUUAUAAUUACCUGACGCCUUUGCUAGCAGGACUGGUUUGGCACAAGUGCACUCGCAACUCCCUUAGGGCUCCGCUAAAUUUAAUUCCCGCAGACAUUUCAGAAUUUUAUUUGAAAUUUUCUUAAAAUCAAAAAUCACGAAAUCUUAACCUCAAAAAAAAAAAAGUUUUGUUUUGACAUUUUGUUGGAGGAAAUUACGUCCACUGAAUGCAUGCCAUUUAGUGCAGAGAUAUGGGACCCAGUGCAACAAAUAAGCUUUGUUCCAACUGUUCCAGCAGAACUAGUAAUUUCCAGUAGUUUAUUUACCUAUUUUUCAAUAAGUUGAAUGUUUAUUCUACUGGGAAAUUACCAUUAUAGAACGGUUCUCAUGUUUGUUGUGUUGGAACAGAACUCAUACCAACUUAACUUAAAAGCAAAAAUUCCCGGUGUUGCCAACACAAAAAAAAAAAAACUAAAAAUCCAAAACACAAAUCAGCUGUUUGGUAAAUAUUGUUCUAAAGUUUUUUUAAAUUCCUAAAUACACAUUGUAAAAUAGAUUAUGAUAAUUAAUCAAGUGUAGAAUGCAAAAUCCCAAAGUGUGGUCGUUCCAUGAACCACAAUCCUCGUUUAAAGUGCAACAACUCCUUGCUACCGAUAUUUCCAUUAAAAAUUUCCAAAAUUUCCACUUCAGUCACUUGAUUUCAGUUUUUGUACCAGAUUCAUUGUCCAUACCUGAAAAUUUACCCACCAAACUCAUAGAGGAUUGCGAAUAUUACAAAGUUGCCAAAUUGAAUUUGGCCGAUUUAGUUGAAGCGGUAUUUUUGAAUAGUUUUAUUAAAAAAGGAAAAUUGUCAUUGCUCAGCAUAGGAACCAAAAUUGAUGCGGACAAUUGCUGCGCAGUUACGCCAGAUGGAAAUUUGAUUUUGUCUUUGCUGAAAGAUACUUACCAGAGUUGCGGCUUGGAAGGCAAAGUUUCGCAUUUUACUAAAACAAACAAGGACAGAUAUAUUGUGACUGUUAACCUUGCCGAGCUCAAACCUGGAAAACCUUUGCAUGGAAAAACUCAAAAAUCCCUUGAAGCCCUUGGAAAAUUCGAUGUCAUAUUGUCAUGGCAACCCUAUGAUGAUAUCAUAUGCCCUUCCUCUGUUGCGAAAUAUUUUCAAAAUUACGACAUAAAACUUUGUGAGCCUACUUUUGACAGUCACAUGGUGUAUUCUGUCAAAGGGCCUACUCUUGACAGUGUUGCCAACCAAGACGACAUUAUUGACUUUGUAGAAUGGCUAGGCAUGGUGUCUUUGGACGCAGAUUUUAGUGGCAACAUGGAAAAUUACGUUAACACAUAUGAAAGUCCCGAACCCAACGUUGAAAUGGGACAAGUAAGGGUGCUGACUUGGAGAGGGUUUUAUUCUAGCAAUCAAGUAAUGGAGGUUUUUGAUUAUCUCAGAAACUACAAUAAUGUUCAAAAUAAACUUUGGAUUUCCAUGUAUGUGCAAGGAUUUUCUGAUUCGCCAGUGAUUGAGGGCAAAGAAGAACAAAACUAUUUUACUAAUGGGGAUAAUUGUAAUGUUUAUAUUUUGAAGGAGUUGCAAUGUUGGUUUUGUAAACAUCGCACUUGUGCUAAACGAUAUAAAUAAAUGUCAAGUAACUUCCAGUGUUGCCAACCACAAUAUGGCCUACUAUAACACAUAAGAUACAAUGUUACAACUGUGAAAAAUAAAACACAUUUUUACUGAUAAAUAAUUUGUAUAUUUAUUUAUUUAUUCUUUACUUUCUUUAUAUAUACACAUUGUUGAAUAUUUACAUAAGUCUCUCUAGUAACCAGUUGUUUAAGAUUUACAAUAUUUUCUACAUUAUACAUCGAAUAAUUUUCAUUCAUAAUAUACAUAACUCAAGCUGACGUCACACAUUUGACUUUCGAUAGGGGGACAAAAAAAUGUCAUUGUUAGGUUAUGUGUGGGUGACGUCAGCAGCUAAUAAAUUGUUAAAACUUUGGUUUAAAAAAUAGAAAGUUUUGGAAUGCAAAAAACUAUUUACAUAUAUUUGAACAAUCACACGGGCAGCGACAAAGGAAUGUCAACGAAUAAAAUUUGACAGUGAUUAUUUGUGAGAGAUUUUAAGCCAAUAAUCUGACAAGUUUGACACAAAAUAGUUCAGUACAGCAUACAUAACCUCAAACAAAAUAGCCUAAAAAUCUCUUUAUUAACAAUAUAUUAUAGGGGAAUAACUAACUAUUUUAAAAGUAUUUUCAACCAACCCUUUAAUUUUUUAAAUCAGGUACAUUUAACAGUAGUUUACUCUUGCCCAAAAGUGUCAGUCUCUUCGAUUGCGUAGGUUAACUUUUCAACUAGCUGGUCGUAACUUUUAUAGGGCGGCAAAUCUAGCCGGUUAAAACAGGUGUGCGACCUUGGCAACCAAGAUUCUUUGCCUACUUUUUCAAUACAAAACCGUUGAGGCCCAUUGGAACCCAUCAGUUCCGCAAAACCUCCUACUGGCACUCUACAGGUGCCUGUAACAAACUGUAGCAGCCUGGCGCGUUUUUCAUUGUCCGAUUGUUUGACAAACUAAAAAAAAAAUGACACUUUAAACUAUUGCCAACAUUAAAAAAAAAAAACUUACCUGCCAAAACCACAUUACAGGUUUACUGUUUCUGGUAUAAUGCCUGUAAAUUGUGUGCCGUUGCCAGUCUUCUACGUCGAUUUCCUGCAUGCCACAUAAAAGCAGCUCCAACUCUCGUUCGUCGAAAUAUUUGAGCCACUCUAUCGGUACGACCUCGUUGAAACCAUCUAAGAAGGCUUGGGUUUGUUGCUCAAUACCGCGUGUCAUACGCCAAUUGGUCAUCAAUGUAAGGUACUCUUCUUUGUUCUCUUCGGUCACUCGUUCGGCGUCGCCGCCUUUUUGUAGUUCGUGAUGGACCACUUGGCC